AUGAACAAACAAUAUUUUCAGAGUCAUAUUCAAAACAAAAAUAAAUGGAGGGGAUAUAGUAAUACUUCAGCUAAUACAAAUAAUGUUGAAAUUGGUUCAUUUGUACAUGCUUGCGAAGGAGAAAUGUUAUAUGCAUCAACACAUACAAAAAUACCAUACUUUAAUGCUCCUAUAUAUCUUGAAAAUAAUUGUUUGAUUGGAAAAAUUGAUGAAAUUCUUGGACCAAUAAAUCAGGUAUAUUUUACUGUUAAACCACAAGAAGGCAUUAUUGCAACAUCAUUUCAUACAGGAGACAAAGUAUAUAUUGGAAGUGAUAAACUUUUACCUCUUGAGCGGUUUUUAUCACUGCCUAAAUCUACCAUCCUAAAAAAAAAACAUGGUAUGUUUCAAACUGGUAAUCAAGCCAAAGGUAACAGGUCUCAUCAAAAAUUCAAUAAGAAAGAUAGGCCCUCAAUAAGCGGCCGUAAAAAUUUUGCAUCUUUUAAAAAACCCAAAACUAGUCAAAGAAAUUUUAAACGCAAUCGCUAA